AUGGGUUGCUUCUGUUCCAAAGCUGACAAGGUUGACGCGACUAACCCUGCUCCUCGUGUCAUCAACUUCAAGCAGGACCGCUUCAAGGCUCCUGUGCCAAAGAUCGGUCAAUGGCCAUUCGAGGAGUACGAAUGGUCCCAGCCGCAAGACGGCAGUGCACCUGUGCCGGUGUACCUGCCCACCAAGUUGACGCCGUCCGAAGAAGAAAGGGGCGGAGAGGCCUGCAGGUUUCCUGCCCUGGGGAGAUGGCCCACAGUCUCCUCCUCUCAUUACUCUAUCUCCCCCCCAAACACCAUACAUCUCCGUCAGAUCCAGGAUCUGCGCAAUGAGGCGGCGCUCAGGAACAUGAGUUCCUGGACGACCAUCCUUUGCGAAAGCGAACGGUCAUCGACCGCUUCGGAGCACUGA